AACCUAAAUUGCUUUUGUUUGUGUUCUUUACGAACAUACAGUCAAACGUUAAACCUCAGCUCGAAUGAAUCUUUGUUGUUUCUCAUCAUCGUUUUUCACGAAUAACUUUAGUACGCGGUUUAAUGCUCUCUCCCUUAGUUCCUUUGUAAUUAUUGGAGCUUAAUUGCUUGUAAUUUUGUACGAGGAAAGGAAAUGGAGAUGGAGAUGAAUCUCACACUAAGUCGGAGAUUUCUGCAAGUAAACGACCACGAUUCUUUGUCGCCGGCCACCGAAAAUUCGAAGGAGCAAGCUCUAAGCCCAAUUACCGGAUUCAAUAAACCCACCUCCGCUUUCGACUCCUCCCUCGCGCUAACGGUUCUCGUUAUGCUCACCGCUCUCUUCUUCAUUGGCUUCUUUUCCAUCUACAUCCGCCACUUCACCGCCGGCGCCGCCGCAGGCGGCGGCGGCGGCGGGGAAGCUGAGGACGAAUUGCGACGGAGACACCCAUCUCAUCCGCCGCCGCCGUCGUCGACGUUGAGGUGCCACGCCGGCGGCAGAAAGGGCCUUGACCCCUCCGCCAUCUCGGCGCUGCCGGCGGUUUUGUACGGCGGCGCGGCGGUGCACGUGAUGGAGGAAUGCCCGAUUUGUUUGUCGGAGUUCGAGUUGAAGGAAACGCUGAAGAUUAUCCCCUGCUGCGGCCACGUGUUUCACUUGAAGUGUAUUGACACGUGGCUCUCCUCCCACGUGUCCUGCCCGCUCUGUCGGUCCACGCAGCUCUUCAACAACGUUGACGAUGUCCGGUUGGAUGUAUCGCCGGAAGUUAAUCGCGACGGUGAGCGGCGGAUCAACGGAUAACGACGACGGUUUUUGUGCACGUGCCGAUUUAUUUGUACAUUUACUACUUGUAAAGUACGAAGAUUAACAAAAAUUAAUUUCUUAAACAACGGACUAA